GGCCGCUUGUUUUCUCCGGCCCUGUUACUGCAGCCCCGAUUGAGGAAGUGAGUUCGUUGACAGGGUUGGGCUCCGCCACAGAGGCGAACAGAAACAGCGUCAACUCCGCACGGACACAUACGGUUACUGCACAGCAGCGCGGACCGAGCAAGUACGCUCAAACCAUCCGUUAAAGGCGUCGGCGAACGUGUAUUCCGUCCCCGAGACCGCAGCCAUGAAUGAUCAGCAGUUAGACUGUGCUCUGGAUCUGAUGAGACGUCUGCCUCCGCAGCAGAUCGAGAAGAAUCUCAGCGACCUCAUCGACCUGGUGCCCAGCCUGUGUGAGGACUUGCUGUCCUCUGUGGAUCAGCCUCUGAAGAUCGCCAGGGACAGAAUAGUUGGGAAAGACUACCUGCUCUGUGACUACAACCGGGAUGGUGACUCCUACAGAUCUCCGUGGAGUAAUAAAUAUGACCCUCCCAUCGAUGAUGGCGCCAUGCCCUCGGCCCGCCUGCGUAAACUGGAGGUGGAGGCCAACAACGCCUUCGAUCAGUACAGGGACCUGUAUUUUGAGGGCGGCGUUUCGUCUGUGUACCUGUGGGAUCUGGAUCAUGGCUUUGCCGGAGUCAUCCUUAUUAAGAAGGCUGGAGAUGGCUCCAAAAAAAUUAAGGGAUGCUGGGACUCUAUUCAUGUGGUGGAAGUGCAGGAGAAGUCCAGUGGCCGUACAGCUCAUUAUAAACUCACCUCUACUGUGAUGCUUUGGCUUCAAACGACCAAAACAGGCUCUGGCACUAUGAACCUGGGUGGCAGCCUCACCAGACAGAUGGAGAAAGAUGAGACGGUCAGCGAGUCCUCCCCACACAUUGCCAACAUUGGCCGCCUUGUGGAGGACAUGGAGAACAAGAUCCGCUCCACCCUGAAUGAAAUCUACUUUGGCAAAACCAAGGACAUCGUCAAUGGCCUGAGGAGUGUUCAGACCCUGGCGGAUAAGUCAAAGCAGGAGGCCCUAAGGACUGACCUGAUCGGCGCUCUCAACAAACGCAAACAGCAAAGCUAGAGACGCACUCCUCCUCUUCCCUCUCUAUUCCUACCCCACAUUGUGUUUAUUUUGUCCUUCCCGUUUACUGUCUUGUUUGAGCUGCACUCUGUCUGUUGAAAUCAAACAACAAAAAGGAGAAAAUGCUUAGUGUGUUUUUGGGGGGGGGGCUGGGGUUUUAUUGUUUGGGGGUUUUUUUUUGUUUGUUUUUGCAAGUUUCAAGGCAUCUCACAGCAUCUCUUAGAACAUUCAUCCCUCUCCCCUCUCUGCUCGGGCUUCUUCCAUAGUCAUAUGACGGUUCGCAUACCAGCUGCAGUGUGAGAGUGGCGUCUCCCAGACAUGCAUCUCGUACGGCUGGUCUGUCUGAAAGACGCUUUACGCGAAGUACACAAAGAUGUGUGGAGCCAUAGUGGACACACACUGAUCCUCUCCGGUGUAUGAGAACCUGGGUCGGUGUUCCAGAUCUGCACACACUCGACCUCACUGCUCUGUGUGAGCUUUGGUUCCUGUCCCGGCUACAGUUUGGGACGAUAGUUUGUGUUGUGUGUAUGGUAACCAGCCCCUUUUGCGCCGUGUGUGUGUGUGUGUGUGUGUGUGUGUGUGUGUGUGUGUGUGUGUGUGUGUGUGUGUGUGUGUGUGUGUGUGUGUGCGCGCGCGCGUGCGUCCCAAACGAAGCUGUUGCUGUAAUCUGCUGGAACACAGUAAAGAAAGCUUGAGAAUUCAGCAUUAGAUAACUACUGUCAUCCUUACUGUUAAUCAUAUUAAUUGUGGGUAAGCAGUGAUGAGACCCUUACUGUUCUGCCUGGUGAAGGGUAUAAAAGGAUGCUGUUAAACAAGGCUGCCAACAUCCCUAUGAUGUACGUGCUGUGUGCACACAGAAGUCCUCUCUUCCUCCACUUCAGUCCCCCCGUCCCCCUUUCUACACCUGCCUAAAGCUUUGUAUUCUGUUGCUGUUUUUGUUUGGGGGGUGGAAUAUUUUGUCUUUUUUGUUUUGUUUUUGUAAAGCUUACAAUUCAUGUAUUAGAGCCUCCAGCAACAAUAAAAAAAAAAAAUAGUAAAAUGCUAGAAUGGUAGAAAUGUAAAUUGUAUGUCUCUGACUGGCUGCUGUCCUGAAGCAGUCCUGGGAUGCCUGGUGAAGAGUGUAAGCUUUAAGGGUGUAUGAAAUGGUGUCUCUCAGCUCUUCUCCAACACUGCAGCAGUUCAAAGGAAUUAAACUAAUAAAAACAAGAAUUUUGAGUUUUCUUAGAAAACUUGAGUGUGUUACUUUAUCUGCUGACUUAUCCUUUUAGAGUUCUCAGUACCAUCACAUAGGAUGUAAAACAUGUCAUGCAUUCAGAAAUUAAUCCAUCUGGCGCCUAAAGUGAAUUGUCCACUGCCGUAUUUCCUGCCUCAAACAGACUGGAUUGGUGCGUCUCUUGCAUUCUGUAGGUUUUCUGUUAACUGGAUUUGGAGUGCAAUAGGACUUGAAACCUUCACACACACGGAUAGAGUAGAUUGUUUUCUUUGUUUUUGGAACUAAGAAUAAAGUAUAACCUGGACGUCACUAAAUUUGCCCAAGGACAAAAACAACUGUGCAGGGUAUAGAUCUGAAAAAAAAACAUCUUUAUGUGGUGGGGUGCAGGCUCUGGAAUAAACCUUUCAGUUCAAUCGUUUACAUGAUCGCAAAAUCAUUGCUUUUAAAAUUGACAGCAUUAAUUUUGUGAAAUAUUCUCGUGAAUAAAGCACUAUUUUGAGAACA